AUGAUCAGUCUUACUAUUGGUGUCUUGGCCCUUCAAGGCGGCUUCUCAGAACAUAUUGAUCUCGUUCGCAAGGCCGCAGAGUCUAUUUCUUCUACAGAAAACAUCUCCAAGAACAAGAUCCAAUGCAUUGAAGUCCGCACAAAAGAGCAACUCGAACAAUGCAGCGCUCUCAUCAUUCCAGGUGGUGAGAGCACUACAAUCUCUUUCGUCGCUGCUCAAUCUGGUCUACUAGAGCCACUUAGAGAUUUCGUCAAAGUUCAAAAGAGACCUGUUUGGGGAACGUGUGCUGGUCUGAUUCUACUAUCAGAUGAAGCAAACGCUACCAAGAAAGGCGGCCAGGAACUCAUCGGUGGUCUCGCCGUCCGUGUUCACCGCAAUCACUUUGGUCGCCAAACAGAAAGCUUCGAAGCUGGCAUGAAUCUCCCCUUUCUGAACGACGAGAAACCUUACCCUGGUGUCUUUAUCCGCGCGCCCGUCGUGGAACAAGUGAUUGGAGCAUCCGAUGACCGACAACCAGUCGAGGUUCUCGCAAAACUGCCAGGCCGUGUUGACAAGAUGAAGUCUGGAGUCUCGCAAGCCAACACAAAGGAUGACUCCGGUGAUAUCGUCGCUGUUAGACAGGAGAAUGUACUGGGAACUAGUUUCCAUCCAGAGUUGACAAAGGAUGAGCGUAUACAUGUUUGGUGGCUAAAGGAGAUUCUUAACCAGCAAUAG